AAUCAACGACAAAUAUAAACCCUAAUUACAAAAAAUCUGGCAGAGGAGAAGAGUCGUUUGGGGGCAACAGGGAAUAUCCUUUGAGGGUGAUUGAUAUAUGUAUUUCAUCACCCCCCUCAGGAAAAAUAGCCCAGUUGCAAAUCUUCAGGAAUAUAUUAUAAUACUCAUUUUCGAUAUUAUUCAAUAUAAUUGACACUAGGGCUUUUUGUCAUGGGCAUUGCAAACCUUGAUUCUCUCUCCUCGGUCUGAACCCAUAUUACAUUGGUCCUGUCCUAACAUAUAUAUAGGUGUUUGUAUGUGUAGCCAUGGCUAAAACCUCAAGAACUCUUGGAUUUUCUUGGUUUUAUCUCUGAGAGGGGAUCUUUGAAAGAGGUUGCGGUGAAGCACAGGCGCUAGACUAGCGGUGGGCUUCUUCUUUACCCUCAAGUAAAUGGGCUGUUUUAUGUCGGUACCUAAAAAGCCUUCUCAUGGGCGCAACGGGUACGAGAACCCGGUAGUGCUUGCUUCCCAAACAGCUUUCACUGUAAGUGAAGUUGAAGCAUUAUUUGAGCUCUAUAAGAGCAUCAGUAGUUCUGUAAUUGAUGACGGCCUAAUAAACAAGGAGGAGUUUCAGUUGGCUAUAUUUGAGAACAAGAAAAGAGACAAUCUUUUUGCUAAUAGGAUUUUUGACCUUUUUGAUGUUAAAAGGAAGGGGGUAAUUGAUUUUGGCGACUUUGUUAGAUCACUUAAUGUCUUCCAUCCAAAUGCCUCAAGGGAAGACAAGAUUAAUUUUACAUUUAGCCUCUAUGAUAUGGAUGGCACAGGAUAUAUUGAGCGGCAGGAGGUUAAGCAAAUGGUAAUUGCUAUUUUAUUAGAGUCUGAAACAAAUUUGGCUGAUGAGGUCAUUGAGAGAAUACUGGAUCAGACAUUUUUAGAAGUUGAUGUGAAACGGGAUGGGAUAAUCGACAGAGAAGAAUGGCUCAGUUAUGUAACAAAGAAUCCUUCAUUACUUGACAUAAUGACACUUCCUUAUCUAAGGGAAAUCACUAUGACUUUUCCCAGUUUUGUCUUCAACUCAGAGGUUGAUGAGAUUUCUAAAUAAGUGGAAUGACACUGUUAGCUUAUGAUUUUUGUGUAGUUUAGUUAAGAAAGAGUAUUGGUUAGAUAUCUUUCUGCACAUUGAAUAGAAGAGCUUGUUACUGUCCGAGAAGGAUGCAUUGGCAUACAAGGUUGUGGCUAUUGUACCGACGUUUCCUUUGUACAAAUCCUACUCUGCAUUGCUUUUUUAGUCCUUCCUUUAUAGACGAAAAAUAUUCAUUGCAAGCUACAUGAAUAGAAGGGCACAAUGUACAUUCAUUCAUAGAUACUGUAAAAUUACUCAGCUUGCAAUGACUGGUAAAGUUAGGAGUUAACUGGCCAGGUUUCCGAGAGAAACACAGAUUACUGGGAAGAGGUAGAUUCAUAUAUUUAAGAGUAUUAUAACAAGAAUUCUAACA